AAUAUAUUUUAUUCAAAUGCCGUUUACACCAGGUAGGAUCUAAGAAAUUAAUUCUAUCUUUAUACGACGUUGGAAUUUAGAAUGUCCCGGAGAUCAUUGAGGCAACCUUUAAAUCCUAUACCUCUCCCUUUAAAUUCAUCCUUUCUUUUUUAAAAAACACAAAUCAGAGUCUAUAAUACACUAGUGCGGAUAAUGAUAUAUGCUCGUCGUACAUUUUGGGUUGUGUACAACCCUUUACAUAUAAACAUUUGAAAACGGUGAAAGGUCCUGCAUGACACACAGAGGAAUGUAUACUAAUCCAGAGAGAGAGAGACACAGAGACAAGAGAGGAGAGAGAAGCAAUACGCGUGAUGUAUGUUGCGUAGCGUCGCGCAUGUUUAUACUUCUGUUGUGUUGUUGUAUUAAAUAAGUAACUCGCAGUUGCCGAUUGCUGAUUAUUAAGCGACAUGAAGCUUCUCACGCACAAUAUGUUAACAUCCAAGUGUCUGAAAGGUGUGACGGUCGGUUAUCCUCUGAAAAUCGUCGCAAGGGAUAUCAGAGUAUCUGAAGUAGAUUUCAAUUCAGAUUUUAUUGCUAGGAUAAUUCCAAAAUUAGACUGGACAGUGCUGUGGAAAGCUGCAGAGAGUAUAGGACAUGUUGGUGAAUUACCUCAGAUCUUGAUAGAAGAUUUUGAGACGAACGAAGAUUUUCUGAAAAAGGCUCAUCAUGUUCUAUUAGAGAUUGAGGUUAUAAACGGCGACUUACUGUGUCCAGAAUCUGGCAGAAAAUUUCCCAUCAAUGAUGGCAUUCCAAAUAUGCUUUUACAUGAACACGAGGUUUAAAUAAAAAAUAUAAUUUACUAUAAUAUUAAUAUAAUUUACAAAUAUUAAUAUGACACUGUUUCUUUAACUGAGAUUGUUAUAUAGCUAAUAUAUAACUCCAUUACAACUUGUUAGUUUUUUUCCUUUUUUAUACAAUAUGAUUAAUAACAACAGAAAAACAAACUAGAUAAUAUGAUUUAGGAUAUUGUAAAUGAGUUUGCAAAACUUACAUUUGUAUCUAUGAAAAGACUCAAAAUAAUUUAUAAAAUAUAAAUACUAAGUGACACAUCACACACUAAGUUGUCACUAAUAUUAUUUUUUAAUAUGUUAAAAUAUGAUCUUGUAAUGCCAUGAACCAGUAAUGUUAUAAGUUUCAGCAAGGGUGUUACUAUGGUCAAAACUAUGUUUGUUUAAACAAGAAAAAUUCGCCUUACUUGCCUGGCCUACGUUAUGUGUAAUUUAUAGAUUGGUAGCACUUAAUAUAUAGGUAACUUUAUUAAGUUAGAUUGUCGCAUAUAUAAUAUGAUUACAGAUAUUUUAUUGCACAGAUAUGUCUAGGGACAAUGGGAUACAACUUUUCUUGUAUCAUUUGCAAUACUUAACAUACAACAUUUUUCAUUUACAUCACGUUUAUAUUGCUACUUAGAUAAUCCGCCCAGAUAUUAUUUACUCUAUUAUCCGAAUGCAACGUUCUAGGAAUGUAACAUUUUGAUACAAUUGUUUUCCUUCAGCUAUAGAGCAUAGCAAAUCAUUGUAGCAAUAUUACAGUGAAAUACAUUAAAUUAUAAGUAGAAUAGGGAAUAUAUAUCUCAAUAUAUGUUUUCCUGGAAUAAUAGAUAAUACUGAUUAAUACAUGAAAAAUAUGCUUAUUGACAAAAUAUUUGCGCACGUAUGUAAGAUAAUUGCCUUGGAAUCAGUUUAAAUAUUAAUUAUGAAGCAACCAGAGUUAUUUGCGUCUCCGUGUGUAAAGAAUUAUAAUAAUUUACUAAUGCAAGAGAAUAUUCUGUUGAGAUUAAUUUCUUAAAAUAUGUAAUAGCACAAAAUUACUAACAUUUAUUGCACAAAACCCUUUAUAAUAUUUAAUUUGUUAUAUACAUAGUAAUGAAAUAAGUGUUAAACUUUGUUUUCACUUUGCAACUAAAAUGUUCUCUUAUAAGACAUGGAAUAGACAAAUAUAAGUUGAGACAUUACGAAAAAUAUAUCUACUGCUAUUCACUCUGACACACAUCUAAAAUGUAGAAAUCUGAUAUCGGUAAAUAAUAUUUUCUCUAUCUAAUGAAACAUACAUAUAAACAGAUAUAUUCGAAAAGAUGCUUUAAAUUGAAAAUGGCUAAUAUUAUUGAAGGACAUGUGUAUUCUACUUGUACAUAUUAGUUUUCUGUACCAAUGGCAAUGCUCAAAAUAUAGUCAAAAUAUAUUACUUUA